CCUCCUCCCCCCUCCCGCGCGCCCGCCCGCCGCCCGCCGCCGCCGCCGCCGCCGCCGGAGCUCUGUAGUAUGGCAUCGAGGAGAAUGGAGACCAAACCUGUGAUAACCUGUCUCAAAACCCUCCUCAUCAUCUACUCCUUCGUCUUCUGGAUCACUGGGGUGAUCCUGUUGGCUGUUGGAGUCUGGGGCAAACUCACUCUGGGCACCUACAUCUCCCUGAUCGCUGAGAACUCCACAAAUGCUCCCUACGUGCUCAUUGGAACUGGCACCACUAUCGUGGUUUUUGGCCUGUUUGGAUGCUUCGCGACCUGCCGUGGUAGCCCGUGGAUGCUGAAACUGUAUGCCAUGUUUCUGUCGCUGGUGUUCCUGGCUGAGCUGGUUGCCGGCAUUUCUGGAUUCGUGUUCCGUCAUGAGAUCAAGGACACCUUCCUGAGGACUUACACGGAUGCCAUGCAGAAUUACAACGGCAAUGACGAGAGGAGCCGGGCAGUGGAUCACGUGCAGCGCAGCCUGAGCUGCUGCGGCGUGCAGAACUACACCAACUGGAGCACCAGCCCCUACUUCCUGGAGCACGGCAUCCCCCCGAGCUGCUGCAUGAAUGAAACCGACUGCAACCCCCAGGACCUGCACAAUCUGACCGUGGCUGCCACCAAAGUGAACCAGAAGGGUUGUUAUGAUCUGGUGACCAGUUUCAUGGAGACCAACAUGGGAAUCAUCGCCGGAGUGGCUUUUGGAAUUGCGUUCUCCCAGCUGAUUGGCAUGCUGCUGGCCUGCUGUCUGUCCCGGUUCAUCACGGCCAACCAGUAUGAGAUGGUGUAAGGAGAAGUCUUUCAAGCACGAUGGAAUGAGAGACCUGUCUUAAAAACGAACCACAGCACUCUCCGAAAGACUUCCAGAGGAUGUUAGAGCACAGCACCUAACACACCCACCCCGUGCUCCCUAAUCCCCCAGCCAGUGCCCCAGUGACCUGCCCACGCGGUCUCCACUCCGCCUUCCAGCCCGCAUCCCGUGUAGCGUUCCAUUUUGUGAAGCCCCGUCGUGCCAGAGUGUAGCCAGGUUCCCUGCAUCCAGUCCUAGUGGACCCCACCUGAGGCCCCCUGCGUGCCAGCUCCUCCAUCUGUACUUGGUCCGACUGUAGCUCAUUGUAGGUGACUGGUUAUCACACCACCCCUGGCCCCGCUGGGCCCUGCAUGGAGUGUGGAAGGUUCCCGCUCACCCUUCAUCAUGAGUGAUAAACCCCAUACCCCUUGAUGUAGAUAGGCUGAUAGCGCUCUGUUCUUUUGGCUUAAUCUCCUUUUGGUUUGGUUUUCCCUUUACUAAGACUCUGUUCCUACCUUCUUCAGGCUGCCUAAGAUAUGUAGAGAAACAUCAGUAACCAUCCGUGAGGAGAAAAAAGCCUGCAUCAUGCAUGAAGGACACAGUUGAGCGUUAGGUGGCCUCCUGACUCAUUAUUGUUACAUGCCUGGGCACGUGUGGACGGUUUAGUGACCCCCAUGACUUUUGGAUGAAACCUAUAUAAUCCUUUUACCAAGCUGUAUUGUCGCCUCCUGUGAAGGAAAUAGUAUCACUUCUGUUCUUCCCCAAUUAAUUGCUCUUGUGUUCCUUUACUUCUUUCUGUAUUUUUUUCUUUGCAUCAACAUUACGGACAUCGAGGACCUCAGCAAAUCCGUUUAAAAAUGAGUGUAAAGGGGGAACUAAAGUCAAAAUAUUUUUAGAAGAUCUUAAACAAUGCCUCUGUCUAGCAUGCCAACAAGAAUGCAUUGAUAUUGUGAACAUUUGUGAUACAUGUAUUAAUAAAUAGAAUCAUUACAAA